AUGGGAACUAACUCGAAGCCAUCUUGGCGAUCUACCCCAUGGCCCUGGAGAAACCAGUCAAGUUUCGAGAACAAGAAGUUCGUAAGCAAUCAAGAUGAAAUAUCCACUGUCUACACUGUUCCCGAUGAUUCUCUUCUCCUAAGAACAAUGUUGGAUCAUUCAGGAGUUAUAAAGGCGUUAACAUGGCAUGAAGGUGAUAGCCAAUGGAGGGAGAUAUGGAAGGCACCUCUGUUCCCGUGUGACAGAUAUGGACAUUGUGGUGCUUACGCUAUAUGUCAUCUUGAUUUUAGUUCAUUUGAAUGCUCUUGUUUACCUGGGUACGAGCCUAGAUACCCAAAGGAAUGGUUUACGAGAGAUGGAUCUGGUGGUUGUGUCAGGAAGCGUUUAGAAACUUCCUCAAUGUGUGGGCAUGGAGAAGGUUUUAUGAAAGUUCAAAAUGUAUUGCUUCCUGAUACUUCAGCUGCAGUUUGGUUGAACAAGAACAUGAGUCCUGCAGACUGUGAACACGAAUGUAAGAGGAACUGCUCAUGCUCUGCGUAUGCAAGCAUUGAAAUUCCUGGGAAAGGCGCUGGCUGUGUGGCUUGGUAUGGAGAACUAAUAGAUGCAAAAUAUGAUACGAGUGAAAGUUAUGAUCUGCAUGUUCGUGUUGAUGCAAUUGAAUUAGCUGAGAAUGCAAGGAAAUCGAAUAGUUCUUACGAAAAGAAGAAGCUGGCCAUUCUAGUACCAAUAUCUGUUGCUUCAGCAUGUUUGAUCACUAUCCUAUUUACUUAUUUGUGGCUCAGGAAGAGGGCAAGAGAAGAAUUUCGCAAGAAUCCUUACAUAGAAAUCAAGGUUGAAGAAGGAUCAAGUUCUAUAAACGAGUUGACAAUUUCUGCAAUUUUGAGUCGGUAUGGGAAUUAUGGAGAGGAGAAAGCAUUGGAGAUUGUUGAUUCAUCGCUGAAGGAGUUGUACCAUCCACAAGAAGCCUUGAGAAGACAUGCCAAAAAACUGAGAAACUGUCCUGUUUUAUCUCUGCCUUUCAAUUUCUAUCAGCGACUUGUUUAG